AAACCUUUGCGCCGCCUGAAACUCAUUUCCUGAUUGGCUGACUGGAAGGUGCGUGGUGUCACAGAAAACACAGCAGACUUCUCUCUGCUGUAAGUGUCUGUUUGACAACUAAAUACUCGAUUAAGUGCGUCGUCCACGUGGAUAAUCAAUAAUGGAAUUAUUGGUUCGAUAUCUGGACCGGAGCAGUUCAAUUAGCUCUGUCUCAACCCAAGACAUUAUCAAAGAGGAGAACCUGAGAGAUGACUUGAACUAUUACUUCAUGAACCCGUGUGAAAAGUACCGGGCCCGAGGACAAUUACCCUGGAAACUUGGGGUGCAGAUUCUGAAAAUUGUCAUGAUCACCACACAACUUAUCCUGUUUGGCCUCAACAACCAGCUGGUGGUGUCCUAUAAGGAGGAGAACAUGAUGGCCCUCAAAAACCUUUUCCUGAAGGACUACGGUGGGGUGGAUGAGGACGACUACAGUGUUGCUGCCUACACCCAACAAAGUGUUUAUGACUGUCUGUUUUAUGUCCUGGAUCAGUACAGUCAGUUGGGCCAACUCUCUGUUGGUUCCAUUGUUUAUGGUGAGGAUGAAGACGGCGAGCUGCUGCCUCUCGUCAUCUGUAAACAGCACUACAAGAGAGGCAGCGUGGAGCCCUCGGAUGAGGUCUAUGACAUAGAUGCCCAGCUGGAGACCGUUUGUAUGUCACAUGAUCCAAAGACUGCAAACCAAUGGAAAUCACAGAAUUCAUCAUUUUUUGAUCUGGACUUUUACAGGCUGGUUAACAUCAAAAUAACCUUCCAGCUGAAGGGAAUUAACCUACAGACGGUGCGUUCACGGGAGUUACCUGAUUGCUACUCAUUUUACGUUACGAUAAUAUUUGACAACCAGUGUCACAGUGGAAAGGUGAAAAUAUUCUUGGACAUAGACACUCAGAGCUGUGCAUGUCGAGACUGGAAGAUAUCUGGGACAGCUCAGAAGAACACACACUAUUUUCUGGUGUUUGACGGCUUCGUCAUUCUCGUUUGCCUCACAUCGGCUGUGCUGUGCACACGCUCCAUCGUGCUGGCUGUCAGGUUACUCCAGAGAUUCUCCAGAUUCUCCCAUGAGAACUACAACCGUAAAGUGUGUGAGGAUGACCAGAAGGAGUUUCUGAACGGCUGGUAUGUGCUGGUCAUCGUCAGCGACCUCUUGGCCAUAAUUGGAUCCAUACUAAAGAUGGAAAUACAAGCAAAGAGUCUGACCAGUUAUGAUGUAUGUAGUAUCUUCCUGGGAACAUCCACAUUACUGGUGUGGGUUGGUGUGAUCAGGUACCUGGGAUACUUCCAGAAAUACAAUGUGUUGAUAUUAACCAUGAAAGCAGCCUUCCCCAAGGUCCUGCGUUUCUGUUGCUGUGCCGGCAUGAUCUACCUUGGCUACACCUUCUGCGGGUGGAUUGUACUGGGGCCAUACCACGAGAAGUUUGAGGGCCUGAGUCGUGUGGCGGAGUGCCUGUUCUCCCUGUUGAACGGAGACGACAUGUUUACCACUUUCGCCCAGCUGAAGGACAAAAACACUUUGGUGUGGCUCUUCAGCCGGGCCUACCUCUACUCCUUCAUCUCCCUGUUCAUCUACAUGGUGCUGUCGCUCUUCAUCGCCCUCAUCACCGACUCCUAUGAGACCAUCAAGAGGUUCCAAAAGGAUGGAUUCCCACUGACGGACCUGCAGAAGUUCCUCAGAGAGCAGAAAGAUUUUCCUGUUGUAGAGGACAGCAGUCAGACUGACGUUGACGUGAGAUACUCUAUGUUGUGCUGCUGCCAACGAGUUUCUGAAAGUGACGCAAUAAUCCUGAUCAGCUGACACCUGUCCCAGCUCCAGAGGACACGGAUCAGGGAGGAGGACGAUGCUGGGAACAAGAUGUUACACGUCCGAUUCAGAUUUGAAGAUCAAGCUAUUUCCUGCUAAAUCCUGAAAGUUAAAGUUACUGAUUCUAUGAGGUGUUAUAUAAAACUCCAAACAAGUUUCCUCUCUUGAACACGAAACUGGAGCUUGACCUAAGGAGCUGUAACAGUAUCUAUUGGAGUUCUGGAUGCUGUUGAGAAGUUUACUGGGCCUUUUUAAGGUCUGUACAUGCAUUUAGUGUUUCCAGUGCAUUUACUGGUGUUAUGCAACAUCAUGCAGUGCUAGUUGUAAUUUAUUUCUUGUAAAUUGUUGUGUUGGAGUGAAAAUCGCAAUAAAUCUAAUCUUUUCAUGUAUACAUUUUUA